CUGGGGGAGGACGGUGGCCUGCGAGGCUCGUCGCAGACAACGCGGCGGCGAUGUCCGCGAGUCAGGCGAGUGCCGCGGCGGCAGCGGCGGGGCUUCGCGCGCUGCAGGGCGGCCUGGGCUUUGGCCUCCCUCCGGUUCCCAGGAAGCGGGCCGUUGUCCUGUGCGGGAGCGGCAGCAGCAGAGGCGGAGGCCCCAGCGCGUCUCUCUCUCCCACAGCCUGAGCCAGGGGAGGCCAGGCGGCCCGGGGGCUGGAGGGGGUCCGCUGCCCGAGAAUGGGAAUUCUCUUCACCAGGAUAUGGAGACUGUUCAAUCACCAGGAGCACAAAGUUAUCAUUGUUGGGUUGGAUAAUGCAGGGAAAACUACCAUCCUUUACCAAUUUUCUAUGAAUGAAGUUGUACAUACAUCCCCUACAAUAGGAAGUAAUGUAGAAGAGAUAGUGAUUAAUAACACACGUUUCCUAAUGUGGGAUAUCGGUGGCCAAGAAUCUCUUCGUUCUUCCUGGAACACUUACUAUACUAACACAGAGUUUGUAAUAGUUGUUGUGGACAGUACAGACAGAGAGAGAAUUUCUGUAACUAGAGAAGAACUCUAUAAAAUGUUAGCACACGAGGACCUAAGGAAAGCUGGGUUGCUGAUUUUUGCUAAUAAACAAGAUGUUAAAGAAUGCAUGACUGUGGCAGAAAUCUCCCAGUUUUUGAAGCUAACUUCUAUUAAAGAUCACCAGUGGCAUAUCCAGGCAUGUUGUGCUCUUACUGGAGAGGGAUUAUGCCAAGGACUUGAGUGGAUGAUGUCACGACUUAAGAUUAGAUGAUCGCUACUGAACUCUUCUCAUAGACUUUGUAUAAACAAAGUGCUGGACUUUACCUGAAAGCUGCAAAAAUUAAUGGUUUAGAUAUAUUUAUAAUAAACUGAUUUAAACUUUUUCUAUAAGAAGAAACAUUAAGACCACUUAUUUGAAAACAAAGAUGAAGUGUCACCUUACAAUUUGCUUUCCAUUAGCUCCUUCCAAAGUACAUUAUUAAAGCUGUGAUUGACAUUUUCCUCAUAAUGAAUCCUCUCAGGACAUUGUAUAGCCUGUGGUAAGUACAAAGGGAGAGGAAGACAUUUUGAAUUUAAGAGCUUUAUUGUCAGUAUAACCCUCCCUGGUUAAAUGUUGUUCUCUUCUUGUUCCACUAAAUCAAAAUACAAAUCAGCACAGAUACUAUUUCCAAUUUUUUAAAUGUAAUAUCACUUAUGAAAAGUAUUUUGCUUAGGGUUGUGUAUGUAUUGUGUAUAUACGUCACAUUUAGGUUAAUGGCUUUGAAAGCAAAUCACACAAAAAUUAAUACUAUCCUUAGUUAUUACCCUAAUGAGAUAAGUACUGGCAGUAGUGUUAAAUGUCAUUUUUUACCUUCCCCUUAUGUUCUCUGUAUUGUACUAACCAGGUCUCUACCCCCCAAAUCAUUGAGCUGCUCUUGAAAGAGACACAUGGAAAUGUGUAACCCAAAUAAGUGGACUAUCAGUCAGAUUCUUGGCUAUUAUACUACUAAUGGACAGAAUUGACAUUGAGCAAGUAUCAGAUUAUUCCUUUUGCUGGUCUUAUGUGAUUAAAACUAUGAAGUGAUUUCUUCUUAAUUAAAAACUGUUGUGUAUAACAAAUAUGCCCAGAAAGGUAGCAUUCUAUAAAUACUAAUAAAUAGUUUGACUGUAAUCUUUUUAAAUUAUAUGUCAAGCAGUUAAAAGUGAAUUUGAAAGUAUUCUCCAUGCAGCAUUGAUAAUUUCUUAAUUUGCAAAUUUCUUAUUUUAGGAGUUGAAUAGUUUGAGAUUUUUUUGUUUCUUUAAGAAUUCUUGUAUCUUCCGCUACACAGGUGCAUUGUUUAACAAGUGUUUUUUGAAUGCUUAUAAGAAUUUGGUUGGAAAUCGAUUGACAUAUACUACUUGUACUAAGAAUAAGUUGACCCAAAAACACCUUUUAUGUUUGCUUAGGGUAUUUUAAUUUUAAAUACCUAAAAGUUAAAGUUGUUCCUGGCUUAACUAGAAAUGAAAUGAUCCUAACUGUGUUAAAAAAUAUUCUGGGGUACUCUAUUUGUACCUCUUUCAUGCCCUGAAAAUUUGAAAGCUAAUCCAAAUUGACAUAUUUUAGACUACUCAAGAAAAGAAAUAACUACUUUUAAACCAGCCUUUUAAAUUUCAUGAAGAUCUUGGUAAAGAAUAAUAAUAGUAUAUACUAAGCAUUGAUGGAACUUUGAAAUUCUUUGUAUACAAUAUAAAAUACUCAGCAUCUAUAUCUGAGUCAGGCAUGGGAGAUCAGUGUUACAUUGGAUGUUUUGUGUUUUUUAUUUGUGUUACAAUUUUCCAAAUACAGAUACAAUAUUUGUCAACAUAUUUUUACAAAAGUAAAUCCUAACUUACUAAGCUUUGUUCGUAUAUUCUCAUACUUUUCCAAAUCACUGUAAGAUACUACUUGUAUAUUAAAAAUUCCCUUUAAAACUCAAGUCGUCAGAAACAAAUAUUCUGUAAUGUAGCCUCGAAAAAUCUUCCUUUUUUUUUUUUUUUUCUUAAUUUGUCCUUGGUCCCUUGGGUUGCUGUCAUAUCAGCUCAACACAAUACCAGCACAUUCUCUUGUCAAAAAAGUGUUGGCUAAACUUAUUCGUCAUUGGAUGUUUAAAGCAUGUACUGCAUUGUUACUGUUGAGUUAGUGUAGUUAGUCAUUGAUAUAACAUCACGAGCAUGCAUGAAAUCUUAUACCACAUUUAUAAAGCACGACUUUUUAAUUUUGUACCUUUCUAGGUCAAGCAUCAAAAUAAGAUGGUACCUGUGUGCUUGUAGGUAAAACCAGAAUUACAACUGGAUAAAAAAGACUUAAUUCAUGUAUGAAAGUAUUAAAAUUAUUUUAACAGUA